UGUGUCUGCAUGGAAAAGUGAGAAGCGGGUCAUCUCAGUCAGCUUCACAAGGAGACGUUGGACAAAAAUCAUGCCUCGUUUAACUCAAAACUUUAACGGUCUCUCAGAGAGUUGUUUCUUUUUGUAUAUUAAUAAGCCAUCAUGUUUAUUGUGUGGGUAUGUAUGUCAUAAUAAUCAUGUGCUGUGUGUUCAAGAGACAACAGCAUCAUUAGACAACGGCCUCACAGACAAUGAAGCCUGCUCCUCAGCUGUUAGUGACUCAGGCAUUGUUUAGGCAGCGAUAAACAGAGACAGGCACAUGCUGACUCACUAAAGACCCCGACUCAGCUCAGUUAAUAUUCAACCCAAAUGUGUGAACCAGCAUCUUGAUACACUGUACAUGGAGAAUAUAUGGAGGGAACACGAUAGGCUGCUCAGUCCCAGAAACUCAGUGAACCUUAUAGUUUGUUUCAUAUGUGUGUGCGUGUCUGUGUGUGUGUGUGUGUGUGUGUGCAUAUUCGUAUCUGUGUUCGUGUCUGUGUUUACGACAUCAGAUGUACUAGAUUAGGCAGAUUAAAGACUCACCAAUAUGACAAGUCCAUUAAUAAACUUUAGCACUCAAGAUGACAGUGUAAUUAGAACAAGGCCUUGACAGCGUUAUCCUAGUCACAUGGUGUUCUUUUUGUAAUUUUGCGUACCCCUGAUUUUGUCUCUCCCUACCUCAGGGACAGUGUGUGUAAAGAUGGAAUGAGAAUUUAUGCACCAAUGGCUUGAACAUGGCGAGUGUGAGCGGGAGUCGUUUGUUUCCCAGGGCGAGGCACGAGCAGAUAUGUGUGGCAUUUGUCUAGUUUAAAUUUAGUGUAACUGAAGCCUGUGCAGGCUGCUCUGCAUCAGCUUGCCUGUACCGUUACCAGCAUUGAACUCUCGCAUUUAAAACUCGGCGAGCUGGAGUGCAGGAACAUGUGAGGACAGACACAGAAACCUCUCCGGAUUAGUCAUACAGUAACAGUUUGUGAUGUUUGUGUUGUCUAAACCAUAGAAGGAAGUAAUUAAUCUGAUAUUAUAUUUAGGACUGGCUGAUAUAAAUGGGCUAACAGGAUUUAAUUAGAGAUAAAAAUUUCAUUUUUGGUAUCCAUAUCUGAUUAAUUGUUGUUGACAAAUGUCUUAAGGAGGAUUAUUUAGGAUUUUUAUGGAAUGAAGCAUGACAGCAGCACAAAUAGUCGUGAGAAUGGUAAGAAGAAGCGACACUGGGUCUGAUUUCUUUCUAGCCCAGACUGUAGAUUCAGUGACAGCCAGGCAGCAGAACUGUAAGUUUAAUGUUUUUUAGUUUGAAUGAAAGGGUUACAGCUUUCUGUUUGCCAUGUUUGGUAUUCUGAGGAAACGAGGCAUGAACCCAGUAGCGCAUUAAAGGCUUGAAAAGAUAGAAAUCAUGAAUGCAGCUGCCUGUCUCUCUUUAAGUGCGUGUGUGUGUGUGUGUGUGUGUAUACCACGUAAUUUUUUUUUAUACCAUCGACCUUGAGACCUUGUGAUAUAAUUCAUUGCUCAACAAUAAAAGUUUCGUUUUCGAGUUCGAUUUAGAUCUAAUAUCACAUCCGUCAAUAGUAUUAUAUACAUCAAUAUAAGUGGGAGGUUUAUGAAAAUACGCACACUUCAAGUGUCAAGCAGGAAUUUUUUCAAUCAUAGAUUGAAAUUUUUUCAAAGAUGACCUUUUUUGCUUUUUUCAAAUAAGCUCUUUCAUGAGUCAUAAUUUUUAUUGUUGAGUCUUAUUGUCUUAAAUUGUCUCUUUAUUAUGUUAUGCUAAAAAUUUGCUUUCCUGUAAAUCAUAUUUUCAAAAUCUUUCAUUAAAAGAUUUAUAUUAAAGUGUGAACAGUGCUGUCCAACAUCAUGCUCAGAUAUUGAUUUAAUUUCCUUGUUCUGAUACACACAUGGCUAAAAUUAUGUUUUUAUGAUGAUUUAUUACACAUUGAUCAAAAGUAAUUUAAUGUUGAAACCUCCCUCCACCUCAAAAAUCUCCUUUUAUCAUCGCGAACAAUUCACCCAGACUGAUUGUGUUGCCGUGUUAAUGUUAAUGUUAAUACGAUUUUCUCAGACAUGAACAUAUAACGACCAGUAAAAUGUUUGCAUAUUUGGCCUGCAUACGACCCCAAAUCUAAAAAAAAAAAAUCCCCCACCUAAAAUCCCCCACCUGCACAGUUAAGUGAUUCAGUGAUUAGCUCACCGUGCUGAAUUGGUUAAAACUCAUUUGUAGCCUUAAUUAUAAUUUUUAAUUGCUUGUUGUGUAAUUUAUGCACGUUUCUCUCCUGCAGUGUAGUGAUGUAAAAUAGAAAGGUCCUGCUCCUACCAUAGGGAACAUAUUACUCACAUUGAGCAAAGAGACAGCUGUUCAUUUCAGAACCGUGUGUUUGAAAGUGGUGCAUUGUAUCAAAAUGGAAAUACUUAAAAUAUAGUACUGGACAUUAAUUUGUUAUUAUUACUCACAAAUAAAAAGCAGGAAGAGGUGGAAGACACUACAGACCACUGCACAUGGGUUUAGAGUUUGUUGUCUCUACUUCAGAUGUAUUUAAAGCAAUUUUAGAGCAAACAUGUUUACAGUACUAUCAUUUGUGUCUUAAUAUAUUUUUUUGACAUUAGAUUUUUUUAGAUUAGAUUUUGGUUUGGCUAUGUACUGAUGGUGGACUAAAAGUGGUGCAGAUUUUUGUGCCAAAGAAAAGGAAAUUAUAUUCCUGAAUUAGUCCUUCUUUCAACCUUUCUAUCGACAGUCUUGACAUCAUGAGAACACUUCAAGCCACGUACAAAACCCAGAUCUGUAAAAUGAAUAAGGGCAUAAAAUUUCAGUUGUUAAAUUAAAAAUGGUGUCUUAAUCAGUAUGCCUGAUCCCACUCGGCGCUGGGUCACCACCUCGUUUCCUUCCCUUUCUCACUGUCCCCAAGUCUUACAAAAUGUACCUUCUGAACCGUUGUGUAAUUACCAAUGUGUAACUCAUAGCCACAUGUUGGAGGGAGGGAUGAUUGGCAUGUGUGAGUGGUCCCUUCUUAUACGCCCAUGACUUUUUUUUUAUCUGAGUCACACUGAAGGUAGUACAUAAUUUAAAGGUAGACAUAUAUAAGAGGGAUUUUCCCUUAGUGAUGAUCAUAAUGUGUGUGUGAGUGUGAGUGAGUGUGUAGGUCUUUCUAUAUACACUUUAUAAGUAACUCACUUAUUUUUUUAGUAAAACUAAUUAACAUUAUUUUUAUAAAUAUUCACUCACCGGCCACUUUAAUAAGAGCAUCUAUACCCCUGCACUUUCACGAAAUUAUCUAAUCAGCCAAUAAUGUGGCAGCAGCACAAUCCGUAAAAUCCUGCAGAUACAGGUCAAGAGCUUCAGGUGACAUUUUUCUGAGCUUCAACUGUCCACUUUCACUGAGCCUGUGUCCAUUGUAGCCUCAGAUUCCUGUUCUUGGCUGUCAAGAGUGGAAUCUGAUGGGGACUUCUACUGUUGUAGCCCAUCAGCCUUGAGGUUGGAUGGUUUUGUGCAUUCUGAGAUGCUUUUCUCCUCAUCACGGUUGUAAAGAGUGGUUAUUGGAGUUACCGUAGCCUUCCUGUCAACUCCAAACAAUCUGGCCAGUCUCCUCUGUCUGACUCCUCUGUCUUAUCGAUAGGACAUUUCCAGCUGCUGAAGUGCCACGCACCGGAUGUUUUUGUUUUUUGCACCAUUUUGUGUAAACUCUAAAGGCUGUUGCUUGUGAAAAUCCCAGGAGAUAAACAGUUUUGAAAUACUUAUAGCUGCAACAACCAUGCUAUGGUCAAAGUCACUGAGAUCACACUUUUUCCCCCUUGCUGAUGUUUGAUGUGAACAUUACUGUAUGAUUUUAUAUAUUGUGCUGCUGCUACAUGAUUGGCUGAUUGAAUAACUGCAUGAAUUUCUCAAAAUAACUAAAACCGUACACAUUCAUCAGCCCUAUUCAACAGCCCUAUCUGCCAUGCUCGCUUCCUUCAUAUGAACAUUUCUCAGAGAUGCUUUGUGUGGGACGUUCCUGCACGUUAGCUCUUGCCGAGUUUUGAUGUUUUUAAUGUUAUUGUCUGAAGCAUGACCUUGCAUUCAAGUUUAUAAAGCCAGAAUAUUGUGUCACUUUGUAGAAGAAUCUUUUUAUAAUGAUGUUGGUGUACUUCACAGGCCACAACUAAUAUGAUCUUCACCAUUAUGUACAUAUUUCUAUGCACCAUGUUUAAUGAGUGCGACAAUGAAACUAACUUUUGUGACGACAGUUUUCUUCAGAGCAGUUUGUGUUUUUAGGCUGUAACAGAUGUAUUUUUGUUGAAGCCCAAUUUUCACAAUAUCCUCCUCCGACAUGUGAUAAAAAAUGACGGUCUGUGGUUGGCCUUUAGCUUUAGUAGAGUAGCUUCUUCCUGUGAUAUUAGGCGGUUCUUGGCCAUGUUGAGUAACAAAAUGUAAUAACAGCUUUUGAGACUAACAAAUACUGUAACUGCUUUAUUGUACAUCAUAAAAACACUACAGCAUAUCUCCAUUGAUCUCCCUAGGAAAUAAAUUUAUCUGUGACAGACACGGUUCAGGGUGGCUGGAGCUGAAGCGCUGGCUCUUUCUGCCAGCUGAGCUUUGUUGAUCCUGUAACGUUAUCAUAGUGUGGGACGCCUUAAUCAGAGAGCUUUAUUUAGAAGGCAAACAUACAUUGGUGUUGGCUUAGACCGCCGUCGGGCAGCACAGCAGACGUCCGUCGCUUGUCAGUGAUGUAACCGACCUCAGGUCGGGGAAAUAGGCUGCAUUUUAGAUCCAGUGAUUGUUAAAAGGUUUAGAGCUUUAGCUGGUGUAUAGUGGAUUUUAUCACAAAGAGGAAAUAGAUUUGGGAAUUAUAAUCUAGACUAAUUCAAACCAAAGUAAAGCGAAUGACCUUUGAUUAAGGUACACUGAGUUUCUCACUGUUUAUAUCUCUCUCACUUAGUAAAUUUUUCAUACACACACGCACACAGGCUGUAGUUGGGAGCUGUUGUGUGGACAGGCCUGCAGGUGUGUGUGUGUGUGUGUGUGUGUGUGUGUGUGUGUGUGUGGGUGUGUGUGUGUGUGUGCUAGUCCGAGGCCUGCUCCAGGGACUGUAUGUUUAAAAGUAAAGGCACUCUGCCAGCAGUUCUUAGAAACAGGAGCGGAAUAAAAGCUUUUUCGCCAAGCUACUGCAUGCUCAGUGAUGACGCAUUUCUCCUGUUGUGUUUCUUUUUUUUUUCAUCAAAACCUUCUAAAUGUAGGUUACAUUUUUUUUGUACGUUGAAGUGAACGAGAGAAGACUGUUGGACUGUUUUGGUGCAAAAAGAGAAGGCUGCUGUUAAUGAGACAGCGCUGCUUCACAACGGGAACCCUGGCUUAGGUUACACCUGUCCCCACAGAACAAAAGUGUGCGCGCACACACACACACACACACACACACACACUCGCAGAAGCCAGGAUGUUGUGUAAGUAUUGUAGUUCAGGAAUUGACCUUGAGAGGAAGUUAGGUUUGCACUUCACAGCCUGAACACUGUGUGUGCGUGUGCGUAUUUGACCACAUGUACACAAAUAUUUUUGAGUUUUUUUUUUCAACUUGUUAAUUGUUGUUGUUGUUGUUGUUCCUCUUUCGGCUGCUCCCGUUAGGGGUCUCCAUGGCAGAUCAUUGGUCCGCGUAUUUGAUUUGGCAAGGUUUUUACGCCGGAUGCCCUUCCUGACGCAACCCUCCCCAAUUUUAACCGGGCUUGGGACCAGCACUGAGAGCACACAGUUGCAUGCUGGGAAACUAGUCCUCCAGGGACCCUUUUCCAAAUUGUUAAUUAAUUUUUUAAACUUAUAUUUUUUGAAACAUUUCUGAUAAGUGAAAUACUGUAAGAGGAAAUAUUGAAAUUGUGUGCGUGUGUGUGUGUGUUCAUCUGUAUUUGUUUACUGUGAUGCACUGUUCCUUUGAUAGUGUGUAUUCCUGUGCUAUCUGCUUUAUCCACUAAUGAGCAUCCCUGGGUGACGUCACAUGCACAUGCACACACACAGGUGCAGACUAGAUCCAGAGAGGGAACAACGUCCUGCAUUUACCCCACCAGGCACACCAACCCUUGGCUGCGUCAUAUCUCAGAGCAGCCUGUGCGUGGUGUGGUGAGCUGCAGCGAUUUCCUGCCGUUAUUAGCUUAGGAACAGCAAAGCCGCUUAGGACUCCUUAUUUAACCAGAUCACGGUAAUGAACAACUGCUCUAAGUAGGGACACCUCAACACAUUCCUCAAAUCACUUGUCCUCCUAGUCAUACUCACUGUAAAAUAGGUUAAGAGGCAUAAAAAUGGUAACUGUGUUGUUAUUGGUGCACUGUUUCGCAUGAAGCCACACCCUUUUUAGUAUUACAUGCGGCAAAAUAAAAUGAACACAUAAUUGAAUUUAAGUUUUUUCUUGCCAGCUGACUUCUAUUUGGUUUUUAUUUACUUUUAUGUAUAAGAACUUGUUCAGGAGCUUAGAUCUAAGUUUCAACUAGAAUUUGUUCUCAAUAUUUAUUACUGAACCCUUUCAAUCAAUAUGACAGCAAAAGUGAGAUUACACGUCACUUGAUGAUGUCAUCAGCGUGGUUUUCCUUUCCCCCCACCCUCAGAUUGGUUUCUAUGUAAAUCAUGAUCUGAUCUAUAAGUUUGUGACAUUUCAGUCAUAACCCCUAUGACAAACUUAAAUACACUUAUACAUACCUUGAGUUAUAUACACUCAAGGUUAUUGCACUCUUCAUCGAGCCGAAGUCUUUAGUCAGGAGAGGAGGCUUACAUAUGUGCAGCAGUAGCCUAUCCACACUCAAGUCUUCUGAGUAAGACAUAGUCACUGGCUUUCAAAAAGAUCACCACUUAUAUCUUUAAAGGUUAUUUAGGAGUUUUUUUUUUUUUUUUUGAAGAACAAAGAAUAAAUGUGAAUAAACUUUGCCCCCAGCCUCAGAGGAAAAAUCUCUGGUCUGUCAGUGGCAGUGGCAGUCAUACAGCCUCUACCUUCUUUUUUGGCCAUGCUUAGUGGUGAAAUGUAUUAAAUUCUCUAUCGAAUGCUAAAGGUUUGGCUUGCAACCCUAUACUUUCUUUGGUGUGGCUUCUAAUUGCUCACUGUGGCCUUCAUUUGGUUAAUGUGGCCUCAUAUUACUUAUUGUAACCUUUUAGUGCUUUUUCACCAGAAGGUCCGGCACGGCUCAGCUCAGCAAAUUACACUUUGCCCCUUUUUCCACUGCCACGCGUGCCCAGGUACUGUUUGAGAUUCGCCAAGACAUAGAGUGGAGCUGAAAACAGUGCAAACAUCAUUGUCACAGAAUGACAAAGUGACUCAAGUCACUUCUCUACUACCACAAAAAUCUUCAUUAAUAGUAACUACACUAUAUGGCCCAAGGUUUGUGGACACCUGACUAAUCACACCUAUAUGUGCUUAUUGAAUCUCCGAUUAUAAAUUUAGUCCCCCUUUCCUGUUAUAAUAACCUCCACUCUUCUGGGAAGGCUUUUCACUAGAUUUUGGAGUAUGGCUUUGGGGAUUUCUGCCCUUUCAGCCACAAGAGCAUUAGUGAGAUCAGGCACUGAUGUCGGGUGAGGAGGCCUGGCGCUCAGUCAGCAUUCCAGUUCAUCCCAAAGGUGUUCAGUGGUGUUGAGGUCAGGGCACUGUGCAGUCCAUUCUAGUUCUUCCAUACCAACUUUGGCAAACCAUGUCUUCAUAGAUCUUGCUUUCUGCACAGGGACAUUGUGAUGCUGGAACAGGUUUUGACCUCUUGGUUCCAGUGAAGGGAAUUCUUAAUGCUACAGCAUACAGUGACAUUCUAGACAAUUGUGUGCUUCGAAUUUGUGGAAACAGUUUGGGACAGACCCACAUAUGGGCAUGAUGGUCUGGUGUUCACAUACUUUUGGCCAUAUAGUGUAUCUACCAGGUUCUACCAAGUUCUAACAAGUAAUUAUUCUGGGAGAUUUAAAAGGCACCAUUACAAUUUUAUCACAAUCAACCCCUGAUUUCUCAGUGUAGCCAUGCUUACUUCAGUGUGGCCACGGUUUCCUUACUGUGGUCCCUGAUUUUUCACCGUGGCCCCUGAUUUUGUAGUAUUGUUUCCCUUGGUGUGGCCCUCGCCUGCUUAUUGUAACCUUGGUUUUCUUCAUGGCCCCUGUUACCUUCCUUUAUGUGGUCCUUGAGUUUUCACUGUGGCUCCUGAUUGUAUUGUUUUGGUUCCCUUGGUGUGAAUGUUGCCUGCUAAUUGCAGUCUUUGCUUCGUCAGUGUGGCCACUGAUAUGUCGGUCUCCCCCCACUGUUUUUCCUCCACAUCUCCAGGGACAGGUGGUCAUAUCCUGGCCUUAACAGGGUGCUUUCCCACUUGGCUUCAAGACGAUGCUGUAAGCAGAUAUCAGGUAGCUUUCCCUGACCUCACUGCAUUCAAGUGUUUAUGUGUUUAUAUGCGAGUGUGUUUGGGCAGGGUGUUGGGGGUGAGGCUGGGAGAAGUGUUACAGGGUAGAGCUUGAAAUUUCAAACAUGACCUGACUAUAGCACAAGAACAUUCUGUUGGAGUUUUGAAUCCUAACCCUCUCUGAUAGAACCAUCACCAACAGGAGACAGCAUCUGUUACCAUCACCAGAUCAUCUUCAUGAUUAUUAAAUAACAUUGUUGGUGUGAUGGCACUUGCGGUAGUAUUUUAAAGGUAAAUUAUUUCAAGACUUACUUACACCAUCAUAAGAAGCCUAGCUAGCACAUGACUGCUAAUUAGUAGGCUGCAAUAGAAUAAUGUCACUAUCACGUAGCUAGUGGACCUCUGAGUUUGAAACUGUGGUCAAAGUGUGGGUCAAAGAAAGUGACAUAAAAUAAAAGUCUUGGUCAAAGAUCAAGAAGUGUCUUUUACAAGGCAUCUGCAAUUAGCUCAGAAUUUUAUAGUUUAGCAUUUAAAGUUCAGUCAUGUUUUAUAGAAACAGGAGGUUAUAAAAACUGAAGUAUCACUAAAGGCCUUGGUGUCGAGGUGGUGUUUGAUCAGUAACAUAAUGUAAUUAAAUUUUUUCCUUUCUUUUGUUACAAGCUUGAGUCUGAUUAAACAGUAUUCAUUAAAUGGUAUUGUCUGUCUUUGAAGCAAACAUUGCUCAUUUCAGUCCUCAGUCAACCAGUCUGUCUCUUUGACUGGUCCGUUCUCGUAUCUGUCCAUCAUUUCAUUCAUCUGCUUAUUUGUGUUAACAAAAAGGCAAACAGUGGUGGCUCAGUGAAUUGGUGCUAAAUGAAGAAAUGAAGUGUGAAUGUGUGGAGAAGAAGGCCAGCAUUGUUUGUGCUGAGUAAACUUGGAGCUGGGAUGAAAGAUUUGUUGUUCUUUGGGAGGCAGAACCGCAAUACAAUGUUUGCCAUCUUCACUGAACUCCUAAGCGAAUGUGAACGUUAUUGGAACAGAUCCCAGAGUGAUGGAGAGAAAGAAGCUGAGAGAGAGAGAGAGAGAGAGAGAGACUUUCUGUAGUUUGUGGUUCAUAUAUUAGCUCAUUGUUUAUUUACUAUUUUUAUGGGUUAAUGCAUCAGAGAUACAGAAAAUAACCGCUUUGUCUUAUUAAAGACAUACAUGAAUGAAUCAUUUAAUGUACAACACAACCCCAUAAAAAGCACUUUAAAUGGAUUUUUUUGGCUGCGUUUUUCCAACAAAAUUCAAACCACAUUUGUAUCUGAUUUCAAAUCCAUUUAAAUAUGGCUCAGUUUGAAAAGUUAAAUUGGAUUUUAUGUUGUUUUUUUUUUUUUUUUCCCACUCCACAUUACUCAGUCUACACUCCGGCAUCAUUACUAUAAUAAACAAGGUGGAUAUGAGAGCCACUAUGACUGAAGUCCAAACAACAAAUCAGAUAUGGUCAAUGGUAAUGUGCAGAAUGGACCAUAUCUAUAAAUCUGAUCUAUUUAUAAAUAAAUCAGAUCUAUCUCAAUCAGAUCUAUCUGUAAGUAAGUCAGAUAUACAGUAUAUGUAAUUAAGUCAGGUCUGUCUAUAAAUAAAUCAGAUGUGUCUGUAAAUACAUCAGAUCUAUCUAUAAAGAUAUGCAGGUCUAGCCUAUCUAUAAAAACUCAUCUAUCUGUAAAUAAAUCAGAUCUAUCUAAAUCAGAUCUAUCUGUAAAUAAAAAUGAUCCUGUCUGUAAAUAAAUCAGAUCUGUCUUUAUAUUCAGGGCUAUCUAUAAGUAAAUCAGAUAUAUCUGUAAAUAAAUCAGAUCUGUCUGUAAAGACAUCAGACCAUGUGUAAAUCAAUCAGAUAAUCUAUAAAUAAAUCACAUAUAUCUGUAAAUAAGUCACAUCUGUCUGUCAGGUCUAUAUGUAAAUAAAUCAGCUCCAGCUAUCUGUCAGAUCUAUUAAUAAAUCGGAUUUGACCUGCCAUGUGAACAGUACUUUGGAGACCUUUCCAAUGCACUGAGUGUUCUUCCUGGGUCAAAGUGCACAGUCAUGUGUGACUUUCUGGCCUGGUGUCCCUCCUGUCCACUAAGCUCUGUUGUCACGGAUACGGAUGUCUUGUGACAUGCGGGUCAUGUGGGGCUGCUAUAAAUAAAUCCAUUACAAGAGAGCGGGAGAGAGAGAGCGAGACACUGUUCCAUAUUUAUCAGACUUCUCAGAGUAUGAGUGCUGGUCAAAAGGAUUGUCAUGUAUUCCCUGCUUUUGUGUGUUUAAAUAGACAAUGUCACUAUUUCAUUACUUGCGUGCUUGUGAUUUUUGAAAGUGACAGAGAGUGUCUUGGCUGGGACCAAAUGUCCCCACAAGGGUAGGAAUAUCUGACAGUUUUGAUCUUAUGGAAUCUUAUGAUCUUAUGAUCCUUGACAAAAGAAAACUUUUUGUUUUUUUGGCCGAAACAGCCAAAAGGCUACUGAGGGUAAGGUUGGGGUUAGAUUUAGGUGUAGGCGUAGCAUUAAUUAGCUGCAUACAUAAGUAUGUCAGUGAAGGGUCCUCACAAGGAUGGUAAGACAAACGUGUGUGUGUGUGUGUGUGUGUGUGUGUGUGUGCGCGCCGCAGUGCUCUUUAACUGAUGUUAUUAAUAGAGCCGGUUACCAUGUAGUGGUGACAGACUGAAUCAUGUGCCUUCGUCUGAAUGUAUUUCCCAACUUGAUGGGCGGGGAGGAGUGUGUGUGUGUGUGUGUGUGUGUGUGUGUGUGUGUGUGCAGUAUUUGAGUAAGUGGGUGUGCUUCCUGGUUUUAGGCAUGCUGACAUUCCACCUCUAAAUAUGAACUUAUGUGGAGCAUUUUGCCUCCAAUGAUUUUCUAUUUUCCUUUGCUGUUCGCACUCUUCUUCUCUGACUUUAUCACGUUGUCCAGAAGGACGUUCUCUCUCCUGCUGGAGUAGAGAGAUGAGCAUUGUUUGUACACUGCAUGUACCUUCUUUGUUGACCCGGGGCGAGAGUUGUGGUCUGGACGGAUUCCCUGGUGGCUUGUUUGUAGACAGCCGAACUCUUCUCCGAACAAGGACAAUGUAAAAGCACUCCAAUAAAGGAGAGAGAGAGGGAGAAAGAGAGGGGGGGAUCUACUUGGUUGUUUGCUUUAAUCUGUCUUAUCAGUCUCCUGGGACUCCGGCCUUGAAAGAUAGGGACAUACGGCAUAUUAGCCACGCUCACACCACAGGGAAUGACAACUUGAUUUGCUGCCUGGAUCAGCAGCGAAUAUCCUAAAACAAAAAGCACAUCAUUCUCCAUGUAUGGAGAGACCAUUUCUGACAUGCAGCACUAUUAUUGCUGAAACCUGAAUAGUGGGUAAAAAUAGCUAUUACAUAAAUACCUAUUCUAUAUCCUGUCUACCUGUGGAAUGAACUUCUUGAGCAAUGUUUUGAUCAGCUUUCUUAUCCUCUGCUGACAUGUCGUUGUCAGCAGGAUAGGCAGUGAUAUCUGUCAGCAACAUCAUACUUUAGUAACACAGGAGAGCCACCAGUUCUAGAUCAUUUGUAUCAUGACUCUAACCAAACUGGUUUAAUAAAUCAGGUCACAGUAGUUCAUUCACUGCUUUCAGUCUUUCCCCGCCUAAUGAUUUGUGUGUGUAAUACAAUUGCGUCAAAACCAUUUUAUGCAUUGAUGCUUUAAUGAUCUUGAGUCCAUCCCACUAGCUUCAGGCCAUCAGUAUCAGGAUGUGUGAUCUUUUCACUAGCCCUUAUUUUUGUUCUCAACAAUACAUUAACAUAAUCUGUAAUGAACUAUUUGAAUUUGUAAAGAACUAAUUUAGUGCACCUACAGACAAGCGUUGUUUAGUCAUCACUACUGACACUGUGCAGGGAUGAUAUCUGUCUGUCUCAUUCAUUCAUCUUCAUCAACCAUUUAAUCCUGGUCAGGGGCGAGGUGUAUACGGAGCCUAUCCUGGAAACACUGGGUGCGAGGCAUACACGCAUACCCAGAGGUAAUUUGAAGUCAUUUUCCAGUCCACUUACUGGCCUGUUUUUGGGAGGUGGGCGGAAAUUGGAGAGUCCUCAUGGAGAACACGUGAAACCACGCACAGACAGUAACCAAGCUCAGGAUCGAACCCAGGACCAUGGAGUUGUGAGGUGGCAUCACUACAUGCUGCACCACUAUGCUACUUAUUGUGCUUGUAUAUCACUUAAAGCAUAACCAAAAUGUUUUUAAAAUAACACUCACCAGAUCAGGACCUUAUCCAGCUAAUUUACAUUAAAUUUAAACUUUGCACUGUUCUGUAAUCUUAAUUUUUGUGGUAUGAGUUGUCAAUCUUAUACAGUUACUCACCCUCAUUAUCCUAAACACAGUCUCUUUUACUGAAAGAAAAUUACUGACUAUUCACAUGUCCUCUUCCCCAAAUGGGAGUGGCGAAUCCAUAGACUGUUUGCUACCUGCAGACUAAUAGACCAUCUGUAUUUCAAUGAUCAAUGAUCAAAUCAAUGAUGAAUAAUUACUGUCACCAUUUUCAUGUAUUACCAUUCUUGCAGUGUGCAUGGAAAGGAUUAUUCAUGUACUGUAUAGCUGCCCUUUAUCUUAUGUGGCGAUCAUUCUUUUAUAAACUUUAAAAUAAGACCAGAGCGUCCCCACUGCUUCUUUCUGGAAAGUUGAUAUUGCACUAUGCUGCAUAUUGGACAUGAUAAGCUGCACAAAUAAGAUGUUUAACAAUCUGGAGCCGGAUGACACCACAUCGUUCUACAUCCUGAACGUAGGUCAGCCUCCAGCAGUGGCGAACCAGACCCUAGGUGUCCAGAGGCAUGGAGUCCAGCCUCACUCACAGCUCAUCUCUACUUCUCCUACGUUGCAGCCUCUCCACAAACCAUUUGAGCCCAGCUAUGAGUCUCCAGACUCCAAAUACCCUCCAAGUGGAGGUGGAGGAGGUGCAGGUAGACCCCCCAAGGCCUUUGAAUGCCCUAGCAUCCAGAUCACCUCCAUCUCUCCAAGCUGCCAGCAAGAGAUAGAUGGGAAUGAGGCUGACCUUAGGUCCAAAGGCGUGGAUGGAGACUUCCACGAGCGACCGCUGUCUCGGGACCACCUGUAUUUGCCUCUGGAUCACUCGUACCGUGAUUCAUCGCUGAGCCCAAGCCCCUGCAGCAGCUUGUCAUCACGCAGCUGGUUCUCAGAUGCUUCAUCAUGCGAGUCCAUCUCGCAUGUGUACGACGACGUGGAUUCAGAGCUGAACGAAGCAGCGGCGCGUUUCACACUCGGAUCUCCCCUCGCUUCACCGCAGGGUGCACCGCUAGAGGAGCAAUGGCAACAACAGCACCAUCACCACCACCAUCCAGGUUACGCCCCAUCACUCUCCCACCCACACACCCACUCUCUCUCUCCACGUCAGUCACCAUGCCACUCACCACGCACCAGCGUCACUGAUGAGAACUGGCUCAGCCCUCGGCCACCUUCACGGCCAUCUUCACGGCCCACAUCCCCCUGUGGAAAGAGGCGCCACUCUAGUGCCGAUAUAUGCUAUUCGGGUUCGCCCCAUCACUCCCCAACACCAACCCCGGGCCCCUCACCCAGGGGCAGCGUCACCGAGGACACCUGGAUUGGCAGUCCUGUAGGUAUAGCACCCUUCCAGUGCUGUACCCCAGACCCUGACAUCCCUUCCAAGACCAGGAAGACAUCACAGGACUGUACAGCUACGCUACAGACCGGGAAGAACGAUCUCAGCCUGGACGAUUCGGGAAAUAUCUCACCUCUUCGUGAUUCCCCGGCUGACGAAUCCAUGCACGGACUGAAAAAAGAUGGAGCUGGGGAGCAAUUCCUUUCCGUGCCCUCUCAUUUCACCUGGAACAAACCCAAACCAGGACACACACCUAUUUUCAGGACAUCCUCCCUGCCCCCCCUGGACUGGCCCUUGCCGAGUCAGUACAGUCAAUUUGAACUGAAGAUCGAGGUGCAUCCUAAAGCCCACCACCGGGCGCACUACGAGACCGAGGGCAGCCGAGGAGCCGUUAAAGCAGCCUCCGGCGGACACCCUGUCGUCAAGCUCAUUGGCUACAACGACAAGCCUGUAAAUCUGCAGAUGUUCAUUGGGACAGCAGACGACCGCUAUUUAAGACCGCACGCUUUCUACCAGGUUCACCGCAUCACAGGCAAAACAGUGGCCACAGCGAGCCAGGAAAUCAUGAUCGCUAGCACCAAGGUUCUGGAGAUUCCACUCCUUCCUGAGAACAACAUGUCUGCCAGUAUUGAUUGUGCUGGGAUUCUAAAGUUGAGGAACUCUGAUAUUGAGCUGAGAAAAGGAGAGACGGACAUCGGGCGGAAAAAUACCCGAGUGCGUGUGGUGUUUCGGGUUCAUAUCCCACAACCCAACGGAAAAGUUCUGUCCUUACAAGCUGCCUCUAUCCCUGUAGAGUGCUCCCAGCGCUCAGCACAGGAGUUACCUCAGGUGGAGAAGUUCAGUUUGAGCAGUUGUCCAGUCAGUGGAGGAGAGGAAAUGGUCAUCACAGGUUCAAACUUCUUCCCUGAGUCAAAGGUCAUCUUCCUGGAGAAAGGCCCUGAUGGACGACCACAGUGGGAGGUGGAAGCCAAGAUCAUUCGUGAGAAGAGUCAAGGAUCAAGCAUUGUAGUGGAAGUUCCACCGUACCACAGCAAGAGCAUCACCUCCGCCGCGCAGGUGCAGUUCUACGUGUGCAAUGGGAAGCGGAAAAGGAGCCAAUCACAACGAUUCACCUACCUGUCAGUCCUGGUUAAACAGGAGCGCCGAGAUGAUUUGGACCCCCCUGCUGUGCCACCGAUGUCCAUGCCCCAUGCACAUGCUGUUGGCCUGGUUCGUUCUCCGGUUCUGCCCAGCCCAGACCACUCACAUUCACAGGAUGGGCUUCUGCCAGGCUCUCCACGUGGCCUGGCACCCUCCCUACACCCUCUCCAGACACCCUGCGCUCCUCUUCACUCACCUACCUUCUCUCACCUGCCUCACCUCCAGGCCCGAGGUCUUCACCCACCUCCUGAAUGCCAGAUGCCCUUCCAUCCAGGCAGUGUGCCCCCCUCCAGGCAGACCUACCCUCCUCUCCAGCAUAACCUACCCUUCAACGGCCAAGCCAGUCUACCUGGAGCCAGCCCUCAGGCCUACGAGCGCGUGCCCUUCCAGCCCGAGCCAUCUGGGUGCCACCCUUUGGGAAUGGGCAUGGUGUAUGGCUCCCCAGUUUCAGCUCCUGCCUCUGGAACUGGCCCCUCAAGCCCCAGCCACACUUCUCCUCAACUCCACUCUCUGGGCUAUCACUGUGCCACCCCAGCUCAGGUGACCUCGCCCACCCACUCCCUCAGUCAACCUGGAAUGCAGCUCCAGCGCUCGCUCGGCUACCAUCCAGUCGGGCAACGAUCGGCCUCAUGCCCGACGCCCUCCAACGCCCCUGCCCGAAUGGUACCCCUUCCCCACUCGGGUCCAUCCUCCCCUCAGCUGCACUCACUGCCCUACCAGUCACCCACCUCGUCUUCUCCUACCAGCAGCCCUCUGGGCGCCCAGCCCUCACCCCAGGCCAGCAGCCCCGUCAUGACAGGGAUUCCCUCUGCAGGACCCAUGGUGCAUCCGCUGGCACCACAGCAAGGCCCGUUUACCAGCGAGGGAGAGAGGCUGAACAUCAAACAGGAACCCGAGGACAGAGAGCCCACGUUCCGCUCUAUAGGCCUGCAGGAUAUUACACUGGAUGAUGUGAACGAGAUCAUCGGCAGAGACAUGUCUCAGGCUCCGGGGGUUCAUGGAUCCUCAAGCACGCUCGGUCACUCGUAGCCCGGUGCCCACUGCUCUCGUCCAUACAGCAGCACGUCUGUGAGUCCCGGCGAGCUCUGGACUCGAGAGACGCAGACAGACACAGCGCUUCCAUCCACACACAUCCUUUUAAACGAGACCAGACCCAGCCAGAGAAGAUCUACUGAUGCUGACAUUCAUUCAACUAACCAAGCAUUACACCAUUUAGAAACGGUUAUAAAGAAGAAUUAUGGGGGAAGACAAUGCGAUCAAACAAAAACAUGCUGGAUAAUGUGGCUACAAAUAAUAAUCACAGCACCUAGUUUGAACAGUACAUCUCUUUCUUUCUCAGCUUCUUCUCUCGCAGUAGUUCUCAGGCGCUUUUUUCUUUUUUUUUUUUUUUUUUUUUUGGAUCAGCCAUUCAAUGGAAAGAGCAAUCUAUGCAGCCCAGUACAUAUAUGCAAUACAAAAAAAAUUACACAGACCAAAUGUAGCAUAAUGUAUGUAGAUGCUUUGCUCUGGAUUUUGGGUCAAAUUGGAUGGAAAAUGGAAUUCAAGAGGUAUUUUGAUCAUCCCUGAUGCUGCCUCUUGAAAUAAGCGUGGUCUCAGCAGCGCCCCCUGGAGGACAAGCUGCUGAUGUGCUAAUGAUAUGCAACAUUCCACAUUUUUCUAGGGUCUUUUUUUCAUGAAUGAUCGCCCUUUCUCCUCUUCAGGUUGAACAAAUGCCUUAUAAGCCUAGCAGCUUGGAUUGACUGAAAAAAAAUAGCUUUUAGUUGAGAUGUUAUAUUAUUCUUUUUUUUUUCUUUUCUAUAUUUUCUCCUUCAUAAAGCUGAAUUCUGUGCUGAGGACACAGUUCAAGUUUGCGUGUUUUGCAUUUCAAGUUCUAGUGUGCAGCAAAGCGUGUAACAAUUUCAAACGCAAUACACCCGAACUUAAUCGAGUAGUAUCUAUAGAGGAAAUCUAUACCACUGUAGAACAUUAAAUUAAAGUUGGAGUGUUUGAGAUGUCGAGAGAAUCCGUCGUAUUGUCAGUGUGUUAGCUGAUACUCCCGUGUGCCUUUCAAGUGACAAUCGUGCUUAGAUAUAGGAUAAACCACCCGCAUAUGUACAAUAUGGUGGCCAUAUUGUCGUGGUUGGAAAUGCUGCUUUCAGACUGUACAGGGUUUUUUUCUACAGAAAGAGUGUGUUCAGUGCUGUGAUAAAAAAGCAAAACUGUAACUAUAACCCUAUGUUUAUGCUAGCAAGCAACAGGCAACCAGUCUUUUUCUAUGUACAUAUGCAACACAGAGCUACGCUUUCAGCGACAAUGGCAACCAACAAAAUCACAUCACAGUUUUUUUCAAUUCUAUGCAAAUGAGGUAUGAUGUGGUAAAGCAACAAAUCCAAACAAUUGGCUUGAAUGAUUCCUCGGAACAACUCUGUGGCAUGUGUGGUCACUUUUAGUUUUUACCUGCAAUUAAUUACCCUUUACAGUUUGAUGUGCAAAACUGUGGUCGUGUCAUAUACAAACUCUCAUAUACAAUGUUACAAAGGAAAAUACACUUGAAAGGAAGUAGCAGAGAUGGUUGGUGGAUUUGCUUGCUAGGCUUUCACACUGAUUAGUGCAUUUGGGUGUAGCUAGUUAGCUUGAAUAGCUACACAUAGCUACUACAGUUUCUCAUCAAAAGUAAAUAAAAAACACGUCAACGACAUGAGUAUCAGUCGCUACACGUUUUUAAGAGACAAACCACAAGCCAUACAAGCGGCUUGUCACUUGCUAGUGCAAACGUAGGGUAAAAAACAUUGUUACGGGUUUUGGCUAAUCAGCUAUCUUUGUUAACAACAAAGAUUAGUUUGAUUUCUGUGUGUUCUGUGUUGAAAUGUCUCCUUACAUUUCACUAUUUUUUUCUACCAGCACUCCAUGUUGAUGCUUCUCUGAAUUUUUUUUUUUUUAAAUGAAAAACUUUUGAACUGUUUUUUUUCUUUUAAAGCAGUCACAUUUCCUCCACCUUGUGGCCGCUUCACAUAGGACUAAAAAUGUGCUGAGGGAAAAACACGUAGUGUGAAAGCAGCCAAAUUGCGUUUGACAAUCAACAGCUCAAUGCCGCAGGAUGUAAAGUUGUACAAAACCGUUAAAAUGAAACUUUUUUUUUCAAUUUACAUCUAGUUUCAUAGUAGUACCCAAAAAAAGGCUAGAUCCUGAACAAAGCAUUGUAGAUAAUGAUGAUGAUACUCUUAUUUUCCCUUGGAAAUCAAAUGAAUCAGUGUUUGAGGUUACUUACUGAAGCAUGAUAAGAAUGUCUGAAGGAAGUGGAUGUUAUAGGGCAAGGACUUCUACAUUUGCUUGGAGGCUCGUCUCGAGGAAUUGAUUCAUAGUGAACACUGGGUGCUAUCUUUAUGUAAGAAAUGUAUUUUUAGUGUCGCUGCGUCGCUGAGAGUUUGAUAGAAAUAAAUCUGUGAAGAAUUUGUAUUGGAUCCCUGCCUUAAAAAAUUGACAGUAAUAACUAUUGUGUGUAUAUUUUUCUAUUUUAAGGAAACUGGUACAGCUACUUAGUUUCUCAUGUUUGGGUCUUUGAGACUUGGCGGUAUUAAUGACUGUUGUUAUAAAUUGAAAACAUUAAAAACAAAAAAAGGACAAAAAUUUGGAAAGAAAAUUUGCUAUGCACUAAAACCUGCCUGUUGCCUUUUUUACAAAAUAAACGAUUAAAAAAGAAAACCUUGAUGCCUCUAGACGUAGAUGCUAUAGAGCAGCUUAAAUGUAGAACAGUAUAUGCCAGAUAUCUUUUUCUCCAUGUUAGAGCUCUCCGUGUUUGUGUGUGUUUGUGUGUGUGUGUGUGUGUGUGUGUGUGUGUAUGUGUGUGCGCCUGCCUUGUAGAGGACUAAUGUGUGUUUGUAAGCGUCUUAGCAUUUGUAGAUAACUGGAUUUUUUAAAAAUCCUUUUCCAAUUUCAGCAGUGAGAAGGCACACGGAUGCAUUUAGUCUAUGCAAAGACAGACCGCAACACGUCAGCGCAAUAUUUGAUAUCGAAGAAAAAUAGUAGAUAUGUUCGUUAGCCAGCUCUUGUAUAUACAUGCGUGUGCGUGUGUGUGUGUGUGUGUGUGUGUGUGUGUUUACCCGUAGUGACAGGUGACAUCAAUGCCACUUUUGACUAUUUAAUUUAAACUAUCAGAUCUACAGUAGGAACGCCUUAAACUUGUAUUUGAUACACAGAUGUUUGACCGUUUGGGUUUGAUUUAGGAAUAGCUUUUGAAACUUAUCUGUAGAAGGAGGGCAAAAUGGAAAACGGGAAUUCUGGGACAGAAACCCGUGCUCCCAACAAGCGUCUACUUUUGUCCCAUUCUUCAAACCAAAGACCGAACAAUGUGUUCCUGUUUUACAGACAGAUGACAAACAUAGACUCUAAAACUCUAUUUUUGAUACUUUGAAGAAGAUGGAUGUCAUUCCGAAAGCUGGGGGAAAUUAUAUAUAUAUAUAUAUAUAUAUAUAUAUAUAUAUAUAUAUAUAUAUAUAUAUAUAUAUACUAUAACAUUUUGUAAAAUAAAAGGGAAAUACAGGUUUUGCUGCUGUUUACAGAGCCGUGUAUUGUCAUUUCGUGUACAUUUUGUAUUUUAAACUUUUUUGUAAUUUUUAAGACUGCAGUGCUUUUUUUGAAAUUAUCCAAAGGGAAUAAACUUGCAUUGUAGACUCUUCUGAUGUAGUGUAUCAAUAAAAAGAUGGAAACAGAAA